AUGGAUUUUAUAACAACGACGAACAAUGAUUAUCAUUGGCCGUUUCCAAAACCUGUUGUGGGAAAACCCUGUCAGCCACCAGUGCCUGAUGAAGCACCUACUAUUCGACCAACUCCAGUUGCUCCUUAUUGUCACUGUGAUGCGCAUUCUUAUUCACCCCGCGUUGAGCAAUACAAACAACUUCUCGAAAAAGAACAAAAAUUGUGUCAAGAUUAUGAGCAGCUAAGAAAACAGAUGGUAGACGUAACUAAUGAUAUUUUGGACCACCCAUGUGACGAUCUCGACAGCAAGAUGAUGACUAUGUAUCAAGCUACCUAUAAAAAAAGAUCAUUUCCAGUAAUGGAUUACCGCAAAAUAAUGGCAGCGGCGCAGUCAAACGCUCCUAUACCAAUAGAGAGUCACAAGCUAGGUCUUUUGCGUUGUUAUAAAGAUCCAACAUACUUUUCGGAACCACCGCCCACAGUUCGUCCUACAAUAAACCCACCAGGGCCCGUUCAUACUGGUGUUUCACCCAAAUCUAUACAAACUUGGUUUACGGAGUUCCCUGGUAGGACAGAAUAUAUGGAUACAUAUAGCUCAUCUGCAAAGGCUUGCUGGAGAUCUAUGCAGAGGUUUAAGGAACCAAUGCCAUCGACUAGAAGAAGGGCAGACGAUAGGUGCGUCUAGAACUAAGAAUUAGAACUUGAAAAAGUGGAAAGAAAACUGUUUUGUAACAUUGUGGUUGUUGAAUUUCAAUAAAAUAAGGGAAGAUAA